CAGGAAAUUUUGACCAAUAUGGCAAUUGGUCAGUCAUGUAUUUAUCUUGUUGGAGAAAACGACGGGACAAGAUGAGUACAUGACUAUUCACUAUUAGAGUUUGAAAAACGAUAACAGAGCUACCGGAUCUCUGAUAUUGACGGAGGAAAUUUCCUCAUCACAAAGUUUUGACUUGUCUAAACAGAAAUUUCGAAACAGAUAAACAACACUGGACAGGCUGGAUAAGUAUCUAUGUCUUGUCUCCGUGAUAGAAUUUUGGUUAGAAAGAACUGAGUGACAUUAAAGAGGGAUGUUACCCCGUAUGCCUUGAGGCACCCUUGUGAAAUCCAGCUCCAUCUUCGUCAGUUAAUUAAUUGCUGGUUUCAGUUGUUUUGUGGUCUCUUUGAAAGAUGGUGUUGCAGAAAGUUGAUCUUCUGAAGAAUGAAAUCCCAUUUGAGGAAGAAUCAGUAGUCUUUUCCGAAGAUGUUAAGACCGGCUUAGUUCUCGUCGACAUCAUCAAUGGCUUCUGCACCGUUGGAGCUGGAAAUCUGGCACCCCGAGAGCCCAACAGACAGAUAUCGGAGAUGAUCAUUGAAUCAUCAAGGCUGGCCACUGUUUUCUGUGACAAUGAAUGGCCUAUCAUGGCAUUUCUGGACUCCCACCAUCCAGAUAAACUGGAACACCCCUAUCCCCCUCACUGUAUCACUGGCACAGAUGAAUCCAAUUUGGUUCCUGCUCUGCAGUGGUUGGAGAGAGAACCAAAUGUAACAAUCAGGCGGAAAGAUUGCUACGAUGGAUAUCUAGGUUCGAUGGAGGAGGAUGGGUCCAAUGUGUUUGUAGAUUGGGUGAAAACUAACCAGAUAAAAACAUUAUUGGUGGUAGGAAUAUGCACAGAUAUCUGCGUCCUGGACUUUGUUUGCUCAACAUUAUCGGCCAGAAACCGAGGUUUUCUCAGCCCUUUGGAGGAUGUAGUCGUGUAUUCUCGUGGCUGCGCCACGUUUGAUUUCCCAGUUUCUGUUGCUAGAAACACCAAAGACGACAUAGCUCACCCUCAGGAGCUGAUGCACCAUGUAGGUCUAUACAUGGCUAAAGGAAGAGGAGCAAAAAUAGCUAGAGAAGUGUCCUUCGGUGCACCAGAAAAGCCAUGAUGUACCAGUGCUUCAAGCCUUACGGUCUCGUGUCUAAAAGAGUUUGUGGUCAAUAGUGUCAUAUAAUGGCUUUCAGUCUUUAGAUAGAUAUAGCAGUUAUGAUGAGAAUAAUGUCAAAGACAGCGUGACACAAGGCUCCCGUAGUCGUCUUUCAGAAGUUUGUGACGUGUUAAUCAUGGUAGAAUCUGGAAACUAGAAACCUGUACCUAUGGUUAUCUGGUUUCUAGUGUGUGGUCAAAGUUCUUUAGCUUCA